CCCCGGCAGUCCUGACCCCGCCAGUCCUGACCCUGCCAGCCCUGACCCCGCCAACCCUGAGCCCGCCAGUCCUGAACCCACCCGAGCUCUUACGGCUGCACCUUCAGCCAGUGCCUGGUUGGCUCCUCUGUCACUGUGGGGAGAUGGGACGCAAAACCAGUGUCAGGGUGGCCGGGUAGGACAGGACCCCACUUCCCCAGGUCAGGGACAGGCCUGAGGGAGGCCCGGACAGGCCCGCCACCCCCUGACCCCUCUGUGCCCAACUCCCUGUAGAGCCAGGACUGACCGUCAGGCUCCAGGGACCUGCUGUCCCCAGGUCCUCAGGAGGGCCAGCACCACCCCGCCCCCACCAGCAGCCCCUCCUGUCUAACAUGUCCGUCUGUCUGUCUGUCUGUCCGUGUGUUUUGAAUGCCCAAGAUUUUUUAAACAGACUGGGGUCAGGGGCUUCUGAACAAAAACGGCACCCCCAUACCUGAUGGGGCUCCUCUGAGCCCACCUGAACUGACCCCCUGUGGCCGCCAGGGGCAGCUGGUGGCCUGCCUGAAUGUGGGAGCAGUGUCACCCCUGAGCCCAGAGAGCCGGAGCACAGCGGGGUCCAGGAUGGCCCCAGCUACAGAAACUGCCUGGCUUCCUCCACGCCCCGAGAUCCAGCUGCGUCUCCUCUGUCCCGGGGAAACUUACGGGAAACUUAUGGGCGGAAGUCCCUCUGCAGGGCCCACUACCCAGAGCCAGCCACAUGCACUCAGGCCAGGGCUCAGGGGCCAUGGGGGCUGGUGGCCCCAGCCCUUCUGGAUCCACUCCCCACCCCUCACUCACUCCGUGGGAACCUUCAUCUGCCUAGAUGGGCUGGUCUGUGCUCUGACGGCCCCAGGACUGGGUGUCGGCCUCACCCCAGCGCCCUGGCGGCCUCCCGGCCAGAGUAGAAUGUUGGAAGGGCAUGGCCCAUGGCCGACACCAGGCUCCCGGCCAGGGCCCACCUGUGUUUGUCUCCUCACCCCGGCCUCCUCCAGCCUCAGGCCCUGCCUGUCAGACAGGGGCACCUGCCCAGGGGCUCCUCAGGCAGCAGUUGGUACCUGCAGAGCGAGCCCCCAGAGCCCCUGCCACAGGCACCCCAGCCUCAGGUCAGAUCUGGAAUGGACACAGCCCCCAGACCAAGACCAGGGCCUCCUCACACCGGGGUCCCCUCCCUUGGUGUCGGGUGUCACCCAAACUCCCUGGACAUCACCCUUCUGCCCUCCAUGCCCCACUCCCUGGGUAGGAGCCGCCUUCACACCUGCUAACCCCUGCCCUCCAGCCCCCGCUGCCUCUCCAGUAACGGGGCUGCGUCUGGCCUAAGCCCUGGGCCUCCACAGGGCCCCUGUCCAGGCCACCUUGCUCAACCCCAGCGUUCCGCAU